AUGGCGUCCGAGUACAGAAUACAUCGGCCGUACGUCCUGGCGACAUUGCCUCGGCCGCUCGACCAUACCGACGGCAGGAUCGCUGCGCGCGAAGUGUAUGGCCAGCGAGACGGCCAGAAGAGGAGGAAGCGAACCGAAUUGGCUGUUGGUGUCGACGGCGAGACGGCCAGCAUAUAUGAUGUCCCGGCAUCGCGGCUCAUCACCUCGUAUCCCAUCCCACCCCAGGAGUCCUUCACCUGCUCCCCAUACUCGGUCAGGAUCCGACAAUCGAAGAGCAACGACGUGAUGCGCUACACUUUUGUGGCGACAAAGGACGCCUCUUCCAACAAGAUCACUCUUUUCAAAGAUGUCGUUCACCCCGACGGCAAGACGACGUCGUCCAGUCUCUCCCAGCCGCUGCAAACCUCGCCGGUUAGGUACAUCACUGGCUCUUCCUCCACAUCGCAAACGUCUGCCAUUGGAGACAUAGUGGCAGUUUGCGAAAAUGGGGACUUUGUCUAUCUUUCUGGCGAGACCUUGGCCGUGCAGUGGUCUUCCUCCUCGCUCUCGACUGUCCAGGAUGUGGUUGCGGGAACCAUAGAUGACUUCGAGGUUCAACAUGUGUCGUCCGGGAGCAUGUCUGAAUUCAGAGAAGGCAUGUUCAAGGGCCGAUCCGAAGUCUUUAGUGCACUUCCACGGGCACUCGACUCGGACCCGUCUCUGGUUGCCAUGGUCUCCAAGAGCGUCAGUCAAGGGCAAGCAAGCCGCCAUCUCGUUGUGCUCGCGGCGAUGCCUGCGGGCUCCUCGUCUUCUGGAUUGCAGAAGUUGAUACCUCUCGAUGUCAGCCCAAUCGGGGCGCCGCAUGGAAAUACCGGCGAGGCGCCGACCUGCCAGAUUGACAUUCAAUCGGGCCUCUUCCUGGAACUUGUCGCUGGAAAUGCCAGCAUUUACGAUCUGUCGGGCGCUGUUCCCAAGCAAAAGUCGACAGUCCAGCUGGAGGGCGCCAAGUCCUUCAUUCGACUUUCGCGACCGUUUAUCUUGUCGACCUCGCCUACGUCGAUCGGCAUGUACAACUACCAAUAUCGCUCCAUACACGCGAAGAGCGCCCUGGACUUGUCCGAACUGCCACCUGAAAGCCAGGGGCCGCGGUCCUGCCAGCUCAUCACCUACUUGCGCAGUCAAGACCUUGUUGUGGCAUUGGUGGAUAAUGUCCUCGUCUGUGUGCAGGUUGAGCCGCCAAAGAGCCACGGCAAGAGGCGCAAGGAUGGUCUCCUGAUUGAUUCGAUCGGCCGCGGUGCUGCGACUGAGGUUCGAGCAAAGAAACAGAAGCACGAAGUCUCCUCUAUGGAGUUUUCUCGCCACGUCCCUGGCACCAUGACGGAAUCUUAUCUGGCAACCUACAACCGAGACAUCCAGACUGCCGACCAGCUCCUCGGGAGCAACGAGUUUGCCAAGUGGGAGGAUCUGUUGCGUGAAAAGUUUGGCAUGGAGCUGCGAAAGGACACGCCCAUUUCGAAUGGGGACACCACAAAUGGCCAGGUCUCGAGCGAUUCACAAGAACUCCCUGAAUGGGAUUGGCUGUCCGAGAAGUCAUAUCCCGCUGUCGACCGCCGGUGGGUUAUUUACGCCCUGAGCCAGGUAUUCUCAGUGGAGCCGGCCGCGACUGAGGAAGAGCAACCUCGUCUACGCCUCAUCCUUCCGGAUAGCAAUGUGACGACGUAUUUGGUCGUCACUGGCAGCCUCACCAUGUCCAAUAUCAAGCUCGCUUUCCGAGAUGACUUGAAUGCAGAAGAAGACGACAAAGCACUUGCUGGCGACUUGAUCCAAUGCCUGGCCGAGGCAGACCCUUCAAUGACCCUGCUUCUCAACUAUCUGCAGGCCACGAAGCUUGGCGAGGUGGAGUUGCUCUUGGCCAUCAGAACGCUCAUGUUGAGCAUGGACCUGAUUCCGGACACGAAGAAACUCAACAGCAUGAAGCUGUUGACUUCAGAAGCGCAUGACAGUAACGACAAGUAUGAGAUGGACCUCGACGACCUGGAACGGGAGAUCGCUGUCACGGAGCACUACCUGGGAGACGAAUCGAGCAGCCGCUCACGUGGCUUGACCCUAGCCUUUACCAAGCUUUGGCGGCUCCCUACCGUAUCUACGGUCAAGGCUCUCCGAGCGACAGUACAGACCGAGGAGAUACUGGCACUCAUCUACCUGCUAAGAGUCGAGCUGGUGCGCGGAGCUUGGACGACCCUGUAUGUCGACCCGACCAGCUUUGAGUCAGAAGGCAACGACCCACCACCCGAUGGAGUCAUCACGCUUAUUGCCGACCUGCUCGGGCGGUGCUUGGAUGCGGUCGGGGCUGGUGGCUGGCUGUUCAACGACGCCAUGUCGUGGGCGGACAAGGCAGAAGCCGGCGACUUCUUGACGGCGCUCAAGCUCGAGGUGACGGCGGCCCUGGAGGGCAUCGAGGAGGCCGUCACGCUCAACGGCCUGGUUGGCGAGGCGGUCCGGUUUGGUCUGACAGCAGAGAAGAAUUGGGCAGCACGGCAGACGUGGAACACCAACAAGCCUAUCCAGAUGCAGCUGGACUCAAGGGAGUCCCGGCUACUGCCACUGGGCUUGAAGACAAAGCAGCUGCCUACCAAGGAGAAGGUGGUCUCGGGAGGCGAGGUCGUCUACCGAAGCAUGCGAGAAACCGGCCACCUCAUCAGUCAAAAGGUGGAGGCUUACUCGUUGGAGAAGCUUGCAUUUUGA